AUGCCCACACACCAUUUUGAUCAGCCUGUGACGUUUCGCAUCCUCCUUUGGCAAGCUCUGAAUCUCCUUCGUCAGUGUAUGCAAGCUCUUCGUUCUUGGUUAGCAUUGCAGCGUUCCUCAACUCAUCUCCGCGCCUUCGACCAUCAAGAUUUGAAGCUCCGCCGUUUGUGUAACUUCAGCUUCCUUCACGAGCCUCGUAUCAUUGACCAGCGAGCCUUGAAUCUCCUCCGUCUUCAGACGGAAGCUUCUGAUACUCCACCAACCUUUGCGCGCCUCGCAAUCUCAACAUCACCCGCCGAAAUCAGAGACCAACAGCGAAGAAUGGACUAUCUAUCAGAAUCUACGGAAGCUGGCCCGUCUGCAGCCGCCCCUGCACCUCGGGCUUUGAGAUCAAACUGGUGCCGAGAUGUAGACGUCCACCGGAAAGACUCCGCGAAGCUUGAGGGUGCCACAUUCAUCCCUCUCGAUCAGAUCUCCAUCAUUUCGGUCCACGAGCCUAACGCUCCCCCUGCCCAAGCGAUAGCGACGACACGCCUCACAAUCUACAACACCGGCAGCCUUCAUCAGCGGAACUUCGGGCACGGCAUCAUUGUGGACAAGAGAGGGGAGAUCAUCGGAUGCUGGCGCAAAGAGCAGCUCGCUAGCCCAGAACCGAAGGGAAAAUGGCGUGCAGACCCCACCCAGUAUCAGCCCCGAGAGGUCGCACUUCACAAUGCCCUCCAAAACCCCUACGGCUUCUCCAUCCGCGUCGACAUUCUCGCGAGCAAUGGUCCAACAUACAACGGACCGCAGGCCAGAGAGGCUAGGAGCCAACGCCUGCUGAGACCUCGCGCCAGCGGAUCCGGCGCAGCCCUACCCUCCUCCUGGCAGAACGACCCGAUCACACAGGCCGUGCUGCAGCAUGUCAACGUGGCGACCCAGACGAGGGCUGAUAAACUGCGAGAGAUGUUCGACAUGGAGCCCCCUCUGCCCCUCCUUCUGCCCGCCCACAGCAACACCUCCAGUCCUCUCUCCUCCCCCCCAGCCUCCGACGCCGAAGAAGACGCCCUAGAUACCGACGACGAGCAGCCAGAAUGGGUGCUUAUGAGCGAACUUCUCCCAACCCUGAAGGAAGGCGACGUCUGGUCACGUGCACAAAUGACGAUGAUUGCACGACACCGCGCGGGCCUAAAGGAUGACAAAGCCAUAACUUUCCCCCACAUUGACGACGUAGACUUCACGCAGGCGUACUGGAGACGGGCGGUGAACAUGUGGUACACCCAGAACCUGCGCCGCCUGGGCAGCUCGCGGAGGAAGCCCCACGAGCUGUGGCAAGAAGACGAGAAAGCGUGGGUGCGCGCCCACAUCAACGCCUUAGUUCGCCAAAAGGUUGCAGAUGGGGGUAGGCUGGAUACAGCGUUCAAGAGGCUUGGGUGGGAAGGCGUUGCGGUCGCUUUUGCCGCACAAUUCCCGGACCGGACGGUACGCACUGCUGCGGGCCUGCUUGGGAUGUUUACCCGUAGGCGGUACGCCGAGGAGAUUCGGGCGGAAAUGGAGGAAGAAGAGGUGGAAAAGGGGGCCAGUAAGAGUGCGAAGGGGGAGUAG